AUGUGUUUUGGGGGUACCAAGAUAGAUCAUAAUAAUUUGCAAUGUUUAAUAAGUAUCCCAAGUAACUCUGGACGUUCAGUUGCAGGACCAGCACUGCCUCCAGGCUACAAAAGCAGCUGUAGCUCAGAAGCUUCUGACAGUGAUGAUGACUCGGAAUCUUCUCCUCUACCCAGAGAUGCAAACAGAGAUUCUGAAGAGGAGACAGAAGGAGAUCCAGCACCCAAAAAGCCAAAAACAAUUCAGGAUGACGAUGAUGAUGGCUUUUUUGGGCCUGCUCUUCCUCCUGGAUUUAAAAAACAGGAUGAUUCUCCGGAGAGGCCCAUUAUAGGUCCUGCGUUACCACCUGGCUUUAGGAAACCUUCAGAGGACACCGGGAAUAGCAGAUGUUCCAUAGGACCAUCUGUUUCAUCAGAAUUCCAUACCCAGGUAACAGAUAGUAGUGAGGACGAAGACAAUCUUAUAGGGCCAAUGCCUGCAAAAGGACCAGUGGAGUCUGAUGUGACUAAAGACUUUGAACGCAGAGCUCAGAGAAUGAAGGAAAAACUUACUUCAGCAGACAGUGAUGAACCCAAACGAGUUACCAGGGAAUCAUGGAUGACAGAGCUUCCACCUGAAUUGAAAAGCUUUGGAUUUGGCCCAAGAACAUUCAAGAGAAGAGCUGAUGACAAAUCAGGCGAUAGAUCUAUUUGGACAGAUACUCCAGCUGACAGAGAGAGAAAAGCCAAGGAAAGAGAAGAGGCAAAAAAGUCAACCAGUAAGGAUAAUGAAGAAAUUGUAUUAUCUGGGAGAGACAAGAGACUGGUUGAGCAGGUGACUUCAUACAAUGAGUCAAAGAGGUCAGAAUCUCUCAUGGACAUACAUCAGAAAAAGCUAAAGAGCAAAGCUUCCGAAGAAAAGAACAAACCUCAAGAAAGAAGGCCAUUUGACCGAGACCAGGAUCUCAAAGUCAACCGAUUUGAUGAAGCACAAAAGAAAGCUCUCAUAAGAAAAUCCAGAGAUCUGAAUACUAAAUUUGAGCACAGUAAAGGCAAUAUGUUUUUAUAGCAUAAAAGCAUGAAGCUUUUUUGAAGUGAAGUCAAUUAAACUUUGAAUACUUAAUUUUUUUAAGUAUUUUUCUGUAAAUAUUUGUAUGCAAAAUAAAUAUCCUGAUGUUUAACUA